AUGUUUGACUCUGAUAUUUUAACAUCGACACUCGCUCGCUAUAUAAUUAUCUAUCUAUCUAUCUAUCUAUCUAUCUAUCUAUCUAUCUAUCAAUGUAAUCCUGUUCCUAUCUACCUGUAUAUCUGUCGGACCGACAAGAUUUUUAUUACUGCUAAUAUUCUUUUUAUCUAUCUAUCUAUCUAUCUAUCUAUCUAUCUAUCUAUCUAUCUAUCUAUCUAUCUCAGUCUAUUCAUAUUAUCUAUCUAUCUGUCGCAGUCUAUUACUAUCUAUCUAUUGAUUUUUAUUGCUGAUAAUAUUUUUUUUAUCUAUCUAUCUAUCUAUCUAUCUAUCUAUCUAUCUAUCUCUGCCUAUUCAUAUCUAUCUAUGCCUAUUCUAUCUAUCUAUCUAUCUAUCUAUCUAUCUAUCUAUCUAUCUCUGCUUAUUCAUAUCUAUCUAUCUGUCUAUCUCAGCCUAUUCAUAUCUAUCUUAUAUCUAUCUAUCUAUCUAUCUAUCUAUCUAUCUCUGCCUAUUCAUAUCUAUCUAUCCAUCUAUCUAUCUAAUCUGAUCUGA